UUUGAAAUUUUGUCGAUCUUGAUAUAAUAAUAGGCUUUACCAAUGUAGAACUGUUUAUUUGCAACUUUAGUGAAUAAUUUAGUUAUAAAUUACGUUCAUAAUGUCUCUUUAUGAUGAUUUUGAUGCGAUUAAACAGAAAUCGGACCAAGUUGCGGGAUGGUCUUCUGGAAUUAAGCUGUUUCAGUCCCAAUUGCAACUGAAAAAGGCAUCGCAAACUCAGCCGAGACGUGAGCAUGCACGUAAAACAACGACAUUAGCACCAGUAAUUGAUUUGAAAUCAAAACGAGAUGACGAUGAUGGUCAUGGUCUCUUCUUCAACAAAGAUGGCCGUGCAGAUUACGGAUUUGGUCAUUAUCAACAAACUAGCAAAGAUCCUGACUGGACUUUUGACGGAGCGGAGUACGAUCCUUUAUGGCCCAACGAUUACGAGAAAGUUGUCAAAGAUGUAAGAAUUCAGGGUCAUAAUAAAGCUAGAGUCAGUAAAUUAAUGAAGGCAAAGCUACAGUGCUCGGACUGUACAUUCUAUUGUGUUUUAAUCCUGAACUAUACUUCUGCUCUUUCCCUUUCCAGCAGACCGUUCGACCCCCAAGUGCCCGCCGUCGAAGCGGAGCAAGCUCGCCGCAUGAAGACGCCAUCGGGCUUCGCGGGGAGGCGAGAUAGCGACGAGGAAGAUGAGGAUGAGGAGAGUGUUGGUGGAGGAGGAGGAGGGGGUAUGCCCCGUUCGUCGGGUGUGGCGAUCGCCCCUCCCCCAUCCCUGCAGCAGGAGGGCGCCUGUGUGCCCCCACCCCCCGAGUUGGCUCAGUCGCCGAAAGUGUACGGUGCGUCAGUGGCGGCUAAGAUUAUGGCCAAGUAUGGUUUCAAGGAAGGCCAAGGUCUGGGCAAGAAAGAGCAGGGUAUUUCGAUGGCCUUGCAGGUUGAGAAGACAUCGAAGCGCGGUGGCCGCAUUAUCCACGAGAGAGACAUCCUCAUUCCCUCCUCUCUCUCACCUGCACCUCCACCCUCUCUCUUCCAACCCGGACCUUCCAACACCCCUCCCCCUCCGCCUGCCGCCCUCAACAAGCCUGCUGCUGGACCCGAGCCAAGCAUAACUGAGAUUAUGAAGUCGCCCUCCAAGGUGGUCUUGCUUAGGAAUAUGGUGGGUCCGGGCGAGGUUGACUCGGAACUGGAACCGGAAGUGAAGGACGAGUGCAACACCAAAUACGGUGACGUCAUCAGAGUCAUAAUCCACGAGUUGCCCGAGGCUCCCUCAGACGAGGCCGUCCGCAUAUUCGUCGAGUUCAAGCGAAUCGAGUCUGCCAUCAAAGGUAUGUAAUGCCGGAUCCACAUGUU